AUGACUAUGUCCGCGCUUUUUGACAGGGUUACUCACCCCAGUCCAGUCUACCUCUGUCCUGUAAGAAACCGGGCGGUAUGCUCCUGUCACCAGUCCUUGGCCGUGGAUGGUCUCUCCUCCCUCGUAGCCAGAGGUGCAGCUGGGUUUUACCUGGUCACCCAGUGCACUAUCUGGUCUCCUCUGGCUCGUCGUCGGGAUGAUGAUAUCCACCGAGGUGCUAGCGAGGCGGCAGAUGGCGUGCCAGUCCAGAAGGAUGGGGAGCAGCUGUCUAUGGAAGACACCACAUCAAUUCUGCCGAGGCUCAAGAGGAACUCAAAUGCCUAUGGCAUCGGGGCACUGGCUAAGUCUUCACUGUCAGGUGUGUCAGGGGUGACCCGCACCAUGAAGGAAAGAGUAACCAAGCCCACAGCCAUGGCUCAGGGUCGUGUCGCCCAUAUGAUCGAAUGGCAAAACUGGGGUAUGCAGACGGUGGGUGCGGGGGGCAUCCCCCAGUCCCGCAUCACCACUCAGGAGCGGGAAAAGGAGCGGCGGCUGGAAAACGAUGCGUACAGUGACCUCAGCGAUGGAGAGAAGGAGGCCCGUUUCGCUGCAGGUAUCCUGCAGCAGUUUGCCAUCUCAGAGGCAACACUUCUAGCGUGGUCAUCGAUGGAUGGAGAGAGCCCGCGGUCCGGGUCAAACCAGGGCAGCGUGGCUCAUCUGAGCGAGGUCAACCAGGAUAGCAUCACCAGUCGAGAUCAGAUAUUGCACCACUCGUCAGCAGAGGUGUGGCCUCACACAUACGUCUCCCAGGGCCACUACUGCCUCUCCUCCUCUGAUGCCUGGGAGCCGAUCAACAACGAUCCCUCUGGUGUGGCAUCUCCCCCUGCUGGCUCCUACGUUAUGGGGACCGACGGGUACGAUGGGCAGGCGGCGGCUCACUUCCUGUCGCAGCAACAGCAGCAGCAGUUCAGUCUCCAGCAGCAGAGUCAACUGCAGCAGCUGCAGCAGAUCCAACAGAUCCAGCACUACCAGCAACAGCAGCUCCUGCAGUAUCAGCAACAGCAGUCUCUGGAGCACAGGCUGCACAGCACCAACCACUCUUUGCAAGCGACGCCCAACAGCACCAUCCACAGUCUGGUCCAUUCUGUUCACCCUCCGUUGGUUGAUCUGUGGAACACAGGGCAGAUGGACGCCUAUCAGACGGAGGCCGGAGGCUACAUGGGUGUGGCGGCGGUGGUGGAGCCGAGCCUUUGCGUCCCCUCUGGAGAUGACAUGGUGGGAACAGAACACUCCCCACUGCUGGAGCAGCAGGAGGCGGAGGAGGAGGUCAAGGAGGAGGAGGUCACACUGUGCAUGGAGCCAGAGUCUGUCACGUUGACUCCGCCCACGCAACAAGGGGAUGCCUCUGGAGGCAGUAGUCCCGGGCAACCGCCAGCAGAGCCAAUCACAGAGCGGAAGGCCUCCGAUGUCACCUCCGGCCUCAUUCAGACACUGGAGGAGAAGGAAGAGGAGGAGGAGGAGGGGCAGGCCGCUUCCAUGGCAACCAACUGAGUUCCUGGCUGUCAAGAGACUCCUUACUACAAACUGACCAGGAAGUCAGCAAGGAAUGAGCGUAAUAAUACAACAUAUAUCUAUUAAUCUGUUCCUUUUCAGGUAUCACAAACACGACUUUUUGGUUGCGAGACAAAUUCUUCAAAACGGUGAGAAACAGAUUUGGAAGUGGACUCUUUAUGAGACAUAAGCUGAUGCAACAAAGGACACCUAUUUCUUUGUAAGCCUUACAUCCCAAAGGUAAAAGAAGAGAGGAGUGAGGACGGAGAAACUGAAGAGGAAGAGGAGGAGGAGCACCAACUGACAGACAUUUCCAUCAGAGAAAUGAAACCACGCUGAGUUGAGGAGGAGGGGAAUGGAAACAUGCAUGCUUUUUAUGAAGACAAGCAA